ACUCGACAGAUUCGUUUUAACAUCUCGAAGUGACACACGAAAUAGAUAUCGCGGCUCUUCAAAAAUAAUAGUAUUGCGACAAAGUAUUAGUGAGUCAGAAGUGACAUGUGGAACUGAAGUGGAUUGGCAAUUCUAUCGUAUAGCAAUAACAGUGUUGUAAAGUGUUUUCAGCAAUAUGUUAAGACGAAACCGACACGCAAAUCCUCAUCCCCAAUCGAACGCAGCGUCGGUUGAAUGCGUCCCUCAACCGCCACAAAGAAUGAUAACCAAAGCCACAUCGAGAGAAGAAUUUUCCGAUGUACAAUUCACAGUGGAUGGCAAAGUGAUUGUCGCUCAUCGAAUAAUUUUGGCUGAUCGUAGUGAAGUUUUCCGCACGAUGUUCAUGUGGAAUCAUAAUUCGGCUAAAACUGGUCCGAUAGCAAUAGCCGAAACCACAUACGAUGCCUUCUUUAACUUCAUAAAUGCAAUAUAUUAUGGGAAUACUCCAGCCGAUCCUGAACUUUGUCUGGAAAUGAUAAAAUUGGCUGAAAAAUAUGAUGUUCAGGACAUCAAAAUGGAAGCAGAAGCAUCCGUCAUCGCAUCUAUAACGAUGCAAAAUGCCAUAGAUAUAUUGAUUACGUCGAAGGUGCACAGAGCCGAUAGAAUUAAAAAAGCGGCACUUGAAUUCUGUGCUAGAAACAAUGUGCACGAGAUGCCCAACAGCAAGAACUUGGCUAAUUUUCCAGAUCUGAUGAUUGAAGUAUUCGAACAGAUCAGUUUGACGAAAAGGAAUGUGAACAAUACAACUUUCAUUGGUAACUCUCGAGGCGGAAACCACUAGUCGUAGUCAUAAUGUAUCGCAAUAAUAUAAUGUUGUUUCAAAGAAUUUUUGCUCAUCUUAUCAUUAC